AUGAAUGGUCAUGAUCCAGAUCUAAUCAAAUAUGACACUCCUUACCUCGGACCCAAGAUCCAACUGAUGCUGUCUCAAUUGGAGUUCAAGCUGAGCGUGGAGAUGCAAUACAAGGCUGGCAUUGAGAAGAUGGUUCGUUUAUACCAGGAUGAGGGUGACCGGAAGAGUCGCGCCGAUGCCGAGGGCCGUCGCAUCGAGAGCAACCAAAAGAUCCAGCUUUUGAAACAAGCCCUGAAGCGGUAUGAGGAUCUUCAUGUUGAUAUCGAGUCUGGUGACGCACCCGAUGAUGAAUCUCUUAGUAGUCCAAACAUGCGCAAGCCGCUGACUGGUUUACUGACCAUGCGCAUCCAUGCGGUUAAAGAUGUGGACCACGCUGCUAGCUCAAGAUUCUCUCGCGGCCCAGAGACUUAUGUUGUCGUCAAGGUUGAAGAUGCGAUUAAAGCGAGAACCAAAGCUACCCGAAAUGAUCGAUGGCUGGAUGAGGGCUUCUCCAUGGACAUCGAUAAGGCAAAUGAGAUCGAAUUGACUGUUUACGACAAGGCUGGAGACCGCCCAACUCCCAUCGGCAUGCUGUGGGUGCGAAUUUCGGACAUCGCAGAAGAGAUGCGUCGCAAGAAGAUCGAGACCGAGCUCAAUGCCUCCGGAUGGGUGUCGGCAGACAAGAUGGCUGACGGUGGUUCUCCUCGACAUGAUCACACCGGUUCUCCUAUGGGAUCUUCGCACGGUGCUGGCGCUGGAGGGCGACCCGGCACUGCGGGACAUGGAGGGCAGCAUGGUGGUGAAAGUUCCAAUGCCCCACCCACUGUGAUGCUGGAUUCAUGGUUUGCCUUGGAGCCACAAUUGAAGGACCGUCGCCCCUUCGACAUUGGUCUGAACCGUCAAGGUGCCGUGCGCCAAAAGAAGGAGGAGGUUCACGAGAAGCAGGGCCACAAAUUCGUCACCCAGCAGUUCUACAACAUCAUGCGCUGUGCGCUAUGUGGAGAAUUCCUCAAGUAUGCCGCUGGCAUGCAGUGCGCGGAUUGCAAAUACACCUGUCACCGCAAGUGUUACUCCAAGGUUGUCACAAAGUGUAUCAGCAAAGCCAACUACGAGACCGACCCGGACGAGGAGAAGAUCAAUCAUCGCAUUCCCCAUCGCUUCGAAGGAUUUUCCAACAUUUCCGCAAACUGGUGCUGCCACUGUGGUUACCUUCUUCCAUUUGGACGCAAAAAUGCCAAGCGCUGCUCGGAAUGUAGUCUUACGUGCCACGCUCAGUGCACUCAUCUCGUCCCCGAUUUCUGUGGAAUGACCAUGGAAGCGGCGAACCAAAUUCUUGAGACAUUGAUUCGCACCAAGAAUCACAACAAGUCUGCCUCUGUUAGUUCCGGCCUCAGCAACCGUACCCUUCGACCAAGCGGUCCGCCGCAGCCCCCUCAAGAAAACGCAGCCCUCUCCUACCCCCAGAAGCCGAUGGAAGGACCAUAUGGCUCCAUCCCCAGACCACCCUCCGCAGAAGCGUCACCAACUGCUGCUGCACAGGCUGCACAGCGUCAGCAGAUGUCGCCCAAGUCGCCCACUGGACCGUCUGCUGCUGCGGCCGCGGCCGCGGCAGCCACUGGGCUACGCAGUCCCCAGCAAACGCCAACUGAAAUGAGCCGUCCUAUGCCGCCACCGCAAGCACCCCAGCAGCCUCCACACGCCCAUUAUGACCCCUCCGCCUAUGCCAAUUUCCCGCAGCAAGCUCCCCCACAGGCCAUGCAGCAGCAGCAGCCACAGCCUUCUGCUCUCACAAGCUAUGCAGGAAGAGUUCCGUGGCUUCUCUUACACCGCUGA